AUGGAGCUGCAGGAGCAGGGAGGCCUGAAGGAGCUGGUGCUGCAGGAGCAGGGAGGCCUGAAGGAGCAGGAGCAGGGAGGCCUGAAGGAGCUGCAGGAGCAGGGAGGCCUGAAGGAGCUGGUGCUGCUGUGGUUCUCUCAGACUCAGGCUCAGAUCCUCCCCGACUGGUUUCAAGGCUUCGCUGCCAGAAGGGAAGCAGAGGAUCUCCUGAGAGAGAAACCUCGGGGCUGUUUCCUCGUCCGCCUCAGUGAAAAGGCCGUGGGCUACAUCCUGUCCUACAGGGGCCACGACAGGUGCCGCCAUUUUGUCAUCACCCAGGAUCCCUAUGGGCAGUUUGUCAUAUCAGGAGACUGUCAGACGUUUCAGCGCCUGACGGAGCUGAUUGAACAUUACAGGCUCAGCCCCAUCCAGCCGUUUGGAGAACACCUGACCUGCAGCUGCAACGAGGAAGAGGAGCUGUACGAUGUGGUGAACUACAAAACCAAAGAGAAGACGUCACGGCUGAGCGUCCAAGCUCUGCGGAUCCUGUGGGACCAGAGGAGUCCCCGUCUCAGCACCACCAACAGGAAGCAGAGGGAACAGCAGCAACAUGAGCCCGUCACAGUGCAGCCACCGGACCUUCCAAUCAAAUCCAAGAGCAGACAACUGACAGGGACAGUGUCCGACACCACGUCCCCCUCUCAGGUUGCCCCCCCACUACCAAGGAGAGGCUUUCCUCCGGGCUUCUCUCUGAGCGGAUCUCUACCUGAAACCACGUCACAGGAGAGUGAAGCCCAGAGCAGCUCCACCAGAGAGGAGGCGCUGGGAGGAGACUCCACCACAGACUCAUUCCACACAACCUCUCCAGCUGGGAACACAUCUUCUGAGCUGACACAGACCGAGAGUAGGAGCCAGGCUCUACCACAGCUGGAGAGCAGCAGUGAGGAGGAGGAGGUCACCUGCUCCAACUACUUCCUCCACGACCCCUCCAGGCCCCGCCCCUUGUACCAGGCGUCCGAGGGACAGACAGACGUCCUGUACGCUCAGGUCGCUGAGAGGCCGAGCGCCAGCGGUCCACCUGAUGACACCUACGAGCAGAUCCCCAGGGAGGCCGGCCCUCCGUCCAGCGUCCAGAGCAACACCUACGAGUCUCUGGAGGACAUGAAGACCAAGAAGUCCAAAAGCUCCUGGGGGAAAAACAACAUGAAAUGGAAGAAAUUCUUCCCUGAAUACAAGAAGAAAUAA